AUGAUUGAUACGGCUGCCAUUUAUACACCACUUAAGCAGUGGAAUAAUGUCUAUAUCAUUGUUACGAUUGCGGGUACGAUAGCGAUGUUCAUGGUGAAUGCAGUAUCGAAUAGUCAAGUUCGAGGUGAGUCGAUGCAAGAGGGCUUACUUGGCACGAAAGGGUCACGAUUGUGGUUGAUGUGUGGUUUUGUGCUAUCGUUUGCAUCGCUGGUUGCCGCAAUAUGGAUAAUGUUCUCAGAUUACGUUCUGGUGGUUGGCGACCAUCCUGUAUGGCCUGGUGUGGCGCUCUUCGUACAUAAUUUUCUAAUCUUUAUCGCAUCACUUGUCUAUAAAUUUGGACGUACUGAGGAACUUUGGGGUUAA